AUGUAUGACGACUCAUCAUGUCCGGAGUCUUGGCAUUACUGGGGAAACUCAUGCUACAAGAUCACUGAGUUGAAAGUUACUUGGGCAGAUGCUAAAGACGAGUGUAGAAACAUGGGUGGUGUUCUGGCUGCACCAAGCUCCAAUCAAGAAAACGAGUUUAUAGCGCAGUUGGUUCCAGAUUAUUGGAUAUGGAUCGACUGUAAUGAUCUAGAGGUGGAGGGGAUAUGGAAGUGCAGAGAUGAUAGCGUGGAGGUCGCUUAUAGAAACUGGCAUGAUGGAGAACCGAAUAACGCGAUAGAGGAAGAUUGUGCGGCCGUGGCUGCUUGUGCUACAUGGGGAAACAACCAAUGGUUUGAUAGGAGUUGCAUUAUAUCAGAGAGAGCUCUUUGCAAAGUGGCUGGCAGACCAGUCCUUCACGUUUGA